AUGAACAAAGCCAAUUAUUUGAUACGAUUAGAACCCAACCAAAUUGCACAGUUAACUAUUCAAAAAGAAAAUCCUAUUUAUGUACAAUCAUAUUCAGUUUCAGAUAAACUUCCUUUAUCUGAUUCUACGGUUUCGCCAGUUCUCAUUGAACAGGAUUGA